UAGACGACCGCUUAUGACGUCGGGCCUCUACAUCUGUACGUCAUUCAUCUCAAAAGUUGGUGAAACUCUUUAUGAAGCUGAAGGCAGCAACAUAACAUCACUUUGUUAUGGAUUAGCAAUAUUUAUAUCUCGUCUACAUCUUCCUAUUAUGAAACUGAAGCCUUCUUUAAGGUUAGACUAGUUUACAGCUACUUUGCUUCAUUGGUGGUUGACUGUUAGCCUUUCAAACCUAUAGCUGUCAGGUCUUCCUUCCAGUCAUGCCGCCAGCUAACUCACAACAACAGGAAUGAUGCUGCAGAAGAAUAAACACUGGCUGAAGUUGGAUGUGACGUGAGGAGCGGGAAACAGCUGGGAUAAAAUGGACGGCAGAAGGAGACUGUUUACAUCCAGUGGCGGUUCCUUUCCAAGAGCAUCCUGCUCCCACUGCUCAGAAGAUGGCUCAGCUAAACUGUGGCACAGCACUCCAAUUAAAAAGAAAGAUGGUGCUCCUCAACUUGAGGCUAUGCAACCAUGUGGCCCAACCAGAGGCACGUCACAGUGGGUCCAAAGUGUUGCUGGAGUUCCAGCAGAUCCUUGCUGUGCUCAUAAUGUUCAGGAGGCUGAGCUUCCUGUAAAAGACCUGAGUAGCUCCACCAUCCAGAAGCAGAGAAGGGAGCUCCAGCUCCUGAUGGCCGAACUGAAGGACAGAGAGGGGGAGCUGAACACCAUGUCCGCUUCCCAUCAUAAGCAGCACCAGGCCUGGGAACAAGACCGUCAGAGUGUACUGAUGUUGGAGCAGAGGUGUGCUCGUUUGGAUGAGGAGUUGCAGAGGUGUAAUGAGGUGAUCAGAGUCCUGACUAAACACGUGUGGAUUGUGGAAAGCAAAGAGAAAGAGGUGCAGAAGGAGCUCGGAGAAGCUAAGCUGCUGCUCUGUGAUCUGGAAAAGAAACAGCAGCAGGUCAAUCAAAGGUGUCAGGACUACGAGGCAAAGAACCAGAGCCUCAGCUCCACUGUUAUGGCCCUGUCCACACAAGUUGGCUCUCUGCAGGUCAGAGAGGAAGAACUGAGUUCAAUGCUCAAGCUAAAAGACAAAGAUGUGAGCGAAGCCUCUAGUCAUAUUCUGGAGCUGUCAGGGAGGCUUCAAGACCUGGAGAGGUUGCUGGCAGAGAGUAGAUCGCAGGAGAACAAGCUCCUGAGAGACUCUGAGGAAAUGAAGCGUUGUUACAAAGACGCUAAGCGUGAGGUCUCUCAGCUCAGAGCGGAGCUGCAGCAGCACGUGACUCAAAGCAGCACACGGAGGGAGGAGAUCAUCCGUCUGAAACAGGAGCUCCAGCUGCUUCACACAGAUCUGGCCCUGACAGGGGAGGGCGAGAGCUGGAAGGAUGAGCUGCUGGAGCUGUCUCGCUCCAAGCAGGAACGCAUCAUGUCUGAGCUGCUCUGCCUGCAACAGGUGUGUGAGAACCAGAGGAACGACCUGCAGCUGCUCCGACUGAACCAAGAAAGCACACAGAGAGCUCUGAGGGAAAAACCGCAUCAGGGUUUACUUGGAGGCAAGGAUGAUCGGCUGUUGAACUGUGUGGAUGUUCAGUCUACCAAAAACCUGAGACCUGAUCUUGAAUAUCUACCAGCAGCUGAAGUUCAAGCAUCUGGGGCAGCCAACAGCAAAAUUGAAGGCUUGUCAGCAAGCAUGAGAGAUGUUGCAGAUCAACUGUCAGCAUGUUCUCUACAGCAGGUUUUGGGCAAGUCCAGGUUGCUUCAAGAAGCUUCUGAGAGCAGCAGUUUAAGACAUCAUGGCGCUUUACAACCUGCAGGUCAUAUUGUGAACAGCAGGACCUCUGAACCACUGUACAUGUAUGAGUGCCAAACAGCCCACCACCACCCAAAUACCACGAUACUCAAGACCAAUGAUACUCCACCCAAAGCCUGCCUCCACCACAAUGCCAGCCAGCAAGACAGCAAUGUGGACAGCUUGAUUUGACUACAGACUGGAUUUUCUCUAAUGAUGUUGAAUUGAAUUGAAUUGAAUUGGAUUGAAUUAUAAAGCACUGUGGAAAACACAGUUUUUAUUUUAUCUGAAGGUGCUCACGCUAAAGGAGAAACUCCUUUUACCUCAAGAAAAAAAUGAAAUGAUUAAAAAACAAACUCUGGAACAUUUUUAUGACCUCAGUAUUGUUUUAUAUUGUAUUAUUUUUGGUAUUUCUUUGGUAUAUUUGGUAUCUGUUAAUCUGAUGUGGAUUACCAUUCAGUGUUAUUUUUUUUAAGCUUAACACCAUUUUCUGCACAACAUAUUGAGUGAAGUGGGAGAGACGUGAAACCAGUCCUACUGGGCUGAUGACUGGUGUGUCCUUGUGCGGUCUUUCCAGUUUCACUGCCUUCACAUGGUGACGCAGAGGAAAUAUCUAAAGCUCUGACUUGCUUUUCUGUCUUGUAGCUUGGAUGAUCUGACACUACUUUUAUAUAAAGACUUUUCUUGUGCACUCCA